AUGGUUUUGGUUCAUAGGAGUGUGCAUGUGUUUGAGAAUGACUUUGCGUCUGUGUCCUGUGCGUUCUUCAACCGGUACCCGAACCCAUACUCGCGGACAGUGAAGUCGAUAGACACGUUGAACCAGCAGGUGCUGGACGGCAAGCUGCACACGACGCGGUUGCUGCGGAAGACCGGGAACAUGCCUGUGUGGGCUCGUCCUUUCCUCGGGAGGAUAUCUGAGUCCUGGGUGAUAGAGGUGUCUGUGGUGGACCCGCAGCGCGGGAGGAUGGAGACGUUCACCAAGAACCUGGACCACACCAGGAUCAUGCAGGUGGAGGAGUACAGCACAUACGACUACAACUUCGAGACGCGGAAGACCAGCGUGGUGAGCCGAGUGAAGUUUUCCAGUGGGUUCACCACGGGGCUGCGUGAGCGUCUGGAGAACUGGUCGAGGUCCAUAUUCGACGAGAACGUCAAGUACAGCAGGCAAGGUAUGCUGUUUGUGAUGAAGAAGAUCGAAGAGAAGAGGAACAAGAGGUCCUUGCUGCAGCAAAUCCAGAACAUCGAGCCUUGA